AUGUCUCGUCUUCCUGCCGCUGAGAAGUUGCCCCUGGCGCUUCGCAAGAACAUCCGCGAUGAGUGGGAUAACAAGAAGGAAGACCUGCAAAAGGAGCUUUCCGAAGUCCUCGGCGCCGAAUGGACGCUGAAAGACAUCAACCCCAAUGAGCUCUACCCGUAUGCCGGCGACGGCUACGCCAAGCAGUCGCUGGGAAGCUGCAUCGCCCAAUACGUCUCCUCCGCCAUCUACCAACUCAAGUCGUACGUCGAGAACCACGGCGAGGACGGCAAGAACGAGAUCAACUCCAUCUGCCACGCCCGCUCCCUCAUCAUCGACCUCGACGACCGCGACAAGAACUCCCGCGUGAGCUACUGCGGCGUCCUCGUCAAGGACGGCAAGCUGGCCCUCGUCUUCUCCGAGGGCAACCUCGGCACCAACGUCGACUACGCCAUCGAGUCGCGGACCCUCCUGACGGCCCUCAACGACGCGCCCCCGGCCCCGGGUGCCGACGCCGCCAUGAGCUACGCGGCGCGCACGUCCGUCAGGCAGGAGUACGACGAGAAGAUUGAGGAGACGCGGAAGAAGUUGGGGGAUAUGCUCGAGAAGCCUGAUGUGGUGCUCGUGCCCAACUUCGAGACUAACUUUGCUAAGAUCAAGGAGGAGAGCAAGAAGAAGAAGAGUGAGGUUAGGGAUGAUUGGGAGGGUAACCUGGGCAACUUCACGAGGAUGUACUUUGAGGGGCUUGUCUACCAGAUGACCUACCAGAAGUUUGGCGACGACGACCUUCUGAGGGAGGGGUUCAAUGAGGCUGUCGAGAAGGGCGAGAUUCACUUCCGCAUUGUUGACAAGAUGGCGUAUGCGACCUAUGGAGAGGUUGUCAUCGAGGAUGGGGCUGUUUAUGUUCAGGCUCUAGCCAAGAACUUUGGAACCAACGUCGAUUACGCCGCGGAGAAGAUUUUGGACCAGCUCUAA